AUGAAAUAUGCGACGGUAAAGAACAUCGAUGGAACAUUAUACCUCUAUAUGAAGACAGCGGAGAGAGCGCAUACUCCAAAUCAUCUCUGGGAGAGACUCAAACUUAGCAAGAAUUACAAGACCGCAUUAAAGCAGAUCGAUGAUAACUUAUUAUACUGGAACAAGUUUAUGAUCCAUAAAUGUAAGCAGCGCUUGACCAGAUUGAUACAAGUUAAGAUUACUGAGAGAAGAAUGGCAUUGACAGAGCAGGAAAGACACUAUGUUGGAGUGAAGCAUAAGGUGAAAAAUAGAGAAAGAGCCAGAGAGAGAAAGGCCUUGGCUGCCGCACGUAUUGAAAGAGCCAUUGAGAAAGAGUUGAUGGACAGACUUAAAUCCGGCGCUUAUGGAGAUAAGCCUCUAAAUGUUGACGAGGCGGUGUGGAGAAAGAUCUUAGGUAAGAUGGAGACUAAUAAUGAGCAGGAUGGCGACCAAGAAGAAGAAGAAGAGGAUGAGUUGGAGCUAGAAAGUGAAGCCGAGGAAGAUGAUGAAGACGUGGGACGUGUGGAGUAUGUCGAAGGUGAUGAUGAGGAAGACGAUAGGAUGGUUGAAAUGGAAGAUCUUGAGAAGUGGUUAGAAGGAUCAUCGAGCGAAGAAGGAGAAGACGACGACGAUGAAGAAGAGUCUAGCGAUGACGAAGGUUCGAGUAAAAAGAGAACCAAAUCCGCUGGUUCUGCUGCCAAGAGAAGAAGACCAAGAAUCGAAGUGGAAAUUGAGCAGGAAGAGGAGCCGCUCACCAACAUUCAGGAAUGA